UUGGUUUUGGGUAUAAAACAAAAGAAACGCAAGCAAAACCGAAUGGUCGAUCAUUUUUAUAGUCCUCUCCUCUAGUCUCUUUAGUCUCUACAGAUACAAAUAAUAUCUCUCUCUCUCUCUCUCUCUCUCGGUCUCGCUAAGCCUGGUAGAAAUGGGGAUAUAUCUAAGUGCUCCAAAAACUGAGAAGGUAUCAGAAGAUGGUGAGAAUGACCGACUUAGGUAUGGGUUGUCGUCAAUGCAAGGGUGGCGUGCUACCAUGGAAGAUGCUCAUGCAGCUUAUCCAGAUUUGGACAGGUCCACCUCUUUCUUUGGUGUAUAUGAUGGUCAUGGAGGUAAAGUAGUUGCUAAGUUCUGUGCCAAGUAUCUUCACCAACAAGUGCUUAAGCAUGAAGCAUAUCUAGCUGGAGAUUUAGGUACUUCUGUACAGAAUUCUUUUCUCAGAAUGGAUGAGAUGAUGCGUGGACAAAGAGGAUGGAGAGAAUUAGCAAUAUUGGGAGAUAAAAUGGACAAGUUUUCUGGUAUGAUAGAAGGGUUGAUAUGGUCUCCUAAGGGCAGUGAAGUUAAUGAUCAUAUUGAUGAUUGGCCUUCUGAGGAGGGGCCUCACUCUGACUAUCAUGGACCAAAUUCGGGAAGCACAGCUUGUGUAGCAAUCAUCCAAAACAACCAAGUUGUUGUUGCAAAUGCCGGUGAUUCUCGUUGUGUAAUGUGCAAAAAGGGUCAGGCAUAUAAUUUGUCUGAAGAUCACAAACCCGAUCUUGAGCUUGAGAAAGAAAGGAUUCUGAAAGCUGGUGGUUUUAUACAAUUUGGUCGAGUCAAUGGAAGCUUGAACUUGGCAAGAGCUAUUGGAGAUGUGGAAUUCAAGCAGAACAGAUCUUUGCCAGCUGACAGGCAGAUUGUUACGGCCAACCCAGACAUAAAAACUGUUGAGCUUUGUGAUGAUGAUGAGUUUCUUGUUCUAGCUUGUGAUGGGAUUUGGGAUUGCAUGACAAGCCAACAACUAGUGGACUAUGUACGGGAACAGUUGAAGACUGAAAGUAAACUUUCAGCUGUAUGUGAGAGAGUGUUUGACAGGUGUUUGGCACCUUCUGCUGGUGGUGAGGGAUGUGACAAUAUGACCAUGAUUUUGGUUCAGUUCAAAAAGCCUGUUGAUUUAGAUGCUUCUGUUGGUGAGAAGAUUCAAAAGGAGCAGCCUUUGUCAUCUGAUCUAGUCUGAAACGGAGACUGAAUCGAAGUAGCUGGGUCUCUUUAUGCUUACCAAUAUUGCUACACGUUUUCUUGCAAGUUGAAGCUGUGGAGUGCACUGGAAUUACUGGAUUCGGAUUCAUUUAGAAAGUGACUUCUGAUCACGUGGCUGUAAAUGUUCAAAGAUAUUUCUAAUAGUGGCUUAGCUACUUGAGUUCUGUACAUGUGUCUGGGUCUCUAGAUUUUAAGAGACUUACUGCAAUUUGUCCAAGAUCAACGGUCAGUUAUUGUAUGACAAGAACGGCAUAAACUUUACAGGUCUUUUUUUAGGAGUACCAUUGUAAUUAGGAAAAAUGAGAUGAUCAAGCAUUAUGGAACACGCCAUCUGCUUCAAGGAAAGACCAAUGAGGAAGUUUUAUAUAAUCUAGUGCUUCUUCUCACA